ACAUCAUUGACAUCACCAACAUCACCGUUUUCUUCCACAACACCUAUUCCUUUUUCUUCGACAACACCUACAGCAGACACUGCAACUAUUUCUCCAUCCACCAUUACCUCAGAAUCGACAACUUCGAGCACUGAAUCUGUCUCAACAGCAGCAACAACGUCUCCAUUGUCGACAGCAUCAUCUACAUCACCAACAUCACCGUUGUCUUCGACAACACCUACGGCAGACACUGUAACGAUUUCCACAUCCACCGUUACCUCAGAAGCAACAACUUCAAGUACUGAAACAGUUUCAACAGCCGCAACAUCUCCAUUGUCAACAACACCUUUCACAUCAACGACUGCAAGAACUUCAAAUAUAGAAACGAUUUCAACAUCAGGUGCAUAUUCUCCAUUGUCAACAACAUCAUUGACAUCACCAACAUCACCGUUUUCUUCCACAAUACCUAUUUCAGACACUACAACUAUUUCUCCAUCCACCAUUCCCUCAGCAUCGACAACUUCAAGCACUGAAUCUGUCUCAACAGCAGCAACGAUUUCCACAUCCACCGUUACCUCAGAAGCAACAACUUCAAGUACUGAAUUUUCAACAACAUCAUCCACAUCACCAACAUCACCGUUUUCUUUGACACCAUUGUCGACACCAUCAUCCACAUCAUCAACAUCACCGUUUUCUUCGACAUCUCCAUUUUCAACAACAUCACCCACAUCACCAACAUCACCGUUUUCUUCGACAAGCGACAUCUCCAUUGUCGACAACACCACAACUAUUUAUCCAUCCCCCAUUACCUCAGAAUCGACAUCUACAUCACCAACAUCACCGAUUUCUUCGACAACAGCUAUUUCAGACACUACAACUAUUUUUUCAUCCACCAUUACCUCAGAAUCGACAACUUCAAGCACUGAAUCUGUCUCAACAGCAGCAGCAACAUCUCCAUUGUCAACAACACCAUUCACAUCUCCGACUACAACGUUUUCUUCCACAACACCAACGUCAGAUACUACAACUAUUUCUCCAUCCACCAUGACCUCAGAAUCGACAACUUUGAACACUGAAUCUGUCUCAACAGUAGCAACAACGUCUGCAUUGUCAACAACACCAUUCACAUCUUCGACGACAACGUUUUCUUCCACAACACCUAUGUCAGACACUACAACUAUUUCUCCAUCCACCAUGACCUCAGAAUCGACAACUUUGAACACUGAAUCUGUCUCAACAGCAGCAACAAGUUCUCCAUUGUCAACAACACAAUUUACAUCAGCAACUGCAACAACUUCCAGUCUAAUAACAGUGGCAACAUCAGGAGCGACAUCUCCAUUGUCAACAACAUCAUUCACAUCACCAACAUCACCGAUUUCUUUCACAACAACAAUUUCAGACACUACAACUAUUUCCCCAUCCACCAUUAUCUCAGAAUCAACAACUUCGAGCACUGGAUCUGUCUCAACUGCAGCAACAACGUCUCCAUUGUCAACAACACCAUUUACAUCAGCGUCAACAGCAGCAAGUUCUCCAUUGUCAACAACACGUUUCACAUCAGCGACUGCAAUAACUUCCAAUAUAGAAACGAUGUCAACAUCAGGUGCAACUUCUCCAUUGUCAACAACAUCAUUCACAUCACCAACAUCACCGUUUUCUUCGACAACAGCUAUUUCAAACACUCCAACUAUUUCUCCAUCCAUCAUUACUUCAGAAUCGACAACUUCAAGCACUGAAUCUGUCUCAACAACAACAACAACAACGUCUCCAUUGUCAACAACACCAUUCACAUCUCCGACUACAACUUUUUCUUCCACAACACCUAUGUCAGACAUCAGAACUAUUUCUCCAUUCACCAUUGCCUCAGAAUUGACAACUUUGAGCACUGAAUCUGUCUCAACAGCAGCAACAACGUCUCUAUUGUCAAUAACACCAUUCACAUCUCCGACUACAACGUUUUCUUCCACAACACCAACGUCAGAUACUACAACUAUUUUUCCAUCCACCAUGACCUCAGAAUCGACAACUUUGAACACUGAAUCUGUCUCAACAGUAGCAACAACGUCUGCAUUGUCAACAACACCAUUCACAUCUUCGACGACAACGUUUUCUUCCACAACACCUAUGUCAGACACUACAACUAUUUCUCCAUCCACCAUGACCUCAGAAUCGACAACUUUGGACACUGAAUCUGUCUCAACAGCAGCAACAAGUUCUCCAUUGUCAACAACUAAAUUUACAUCAGCAACUGCAACAACUUCCAGUCUAAUAACAGUGGCAACAUCAGGAGCGACAUCUCCAUUGUCAACAACAUCAUUCACAUCACCAACAUCACCGAUUUCUUUCACAACAACAAUUUCAGACACUACAACUAUUUCUCCAUCCACCAUUAUCUCAGAAUCGACAACUUCGAGCACUGGAUCUGUCUCAACUGCAGCAACAACGUCUCCAUUGUCAAAACUUCCAAUAUAG